AUACGCAUUUAUCAUACCCAAACUAUGAUGAUGUUACACUCGAAUUCGAACAAGUCAAUGCGAUUGAAUUAUUUAGUUGUCAGGACUGAUACAUUGAUGAACACGACUUGGAUUUAAGCAGUGUGGAAGUCAAGCUUUAGCUUGUGGCUGAAAAAUGUUUGACACCUUUUAAGAUCCGUGCUAAAACUUAUGUAUGGACGAUGAGGCUUUUCAUGCCCGUGCUGUGCUGGAGAGGAUUAGUCUUCAGCCUAAGCUCCCAUGCCAUAUUAGAAUAGGGAAAUUAGAUGGUAGACAUUGAUCCCCACUUCAAUUAUUAUUCCGAUAAAUUUGAGAUUGGAUUAUGAAUUGAACACUACCUAAGCUUAUGGGCGUCGUCUGAGUCGAUGGAGGCGAAGAGAGCAAAGGCUGUUGCAGCUGCUGUAGUCGUGAGCCUCCUGUUCCUGCUCGUCAUCCUGUGGCAGAUGUCCAUGGCGCGGCGAUCGGCCGUGGAACGCGAGGAGUUCCGUGUCGACUACAGCUUCCUCCGCAAGGUCGCGGGCCUCCCCAUCAAGUUCCGCCUCGAGGUGCUCGUGGCUGCCACCGACAACUUCCAGGUCCUGCUCGGGAGCGGCUCGUCGGCGUCGGUCUUCCGGGGGAUCCUCGACGAUGGCACGUCCGUGGCCGUGAAGCGGAUCGACGUGGCGGAGCGCGGGGACCGCGAGUUCCGCGCCGAGGUCUCUGCCAUCGCCAGCAUUCAGCACGUCAACCUCGUCCGCCUCCUCGGCUACUGCAUUGUGGCCGGCGGCCCCCGGUUCCUGGUUUACGAGUUCGUCGCCAACGGUUCCUUGGACAAGUGGAUCUUCCCGUCCGCCGGCGGGCACCGGGAAGACCAGCAGUGCCUGCCGUGGGCGCUGAGGUACCGCGCGGCCGUCGAUGUGGCCAAGGCCCUGAGCUACCUCCACCACGACUGCCGCGACCGCGUCCUCCACCUCGACGUGAAGCCGGAGAACAUCCUGCUCGACGAGAGCUUCCGGGCCCUAGUGACGGACUUCGGCCUGUCGAAGCUGAUGGGGAAGGACGAGAGUACGGUGCUGACCACAAUUCGGGGGACGCGCGGCUACCUGGCCCCCGAGUGGAUCAUCGGGACGGGCGUCUCCGACAAGUCCGACAUCUACAGCUACGGGAUGGUGCUACUGGAGAUGGUCACCGGGCGGCGGAACGUGCAGCUGGUGGGGGACGGCGCGGCCUCCCAGAGGACGUGGUCCUAUUUCCCCAGGAUCGUGAACGAGAAAGUGAGGCAGGGGAGGAUGAUGGAGGUGGUCGACGAAAGGCUCAAGAGCGGGGGGGAGCUGCCGGCCGAGAGAGAGGUGCGAACCUUGGUGCAUGUGGCGCUGUGGUGCAUCCAUGAGAAGGCCGAGGCCCGGCCAAGCAUGGCGAGCGUGGUGGACAUGCUCGAGCGGAGGAUCGCCGUUGACGAAUUGCCGCUGCAGACGGAGAUGUUCAUUUCCAGAAUCUUAGCCUCCGACGAGCCGAACGUUCUCGAGGAGGGAGCCGCCGGCGAUACACGUGCGGCGGCUGCAGCCGCAGUUGCAGUUUCAGGGUUGGAGAGCCACUUAUCCACAUCCUAUUCGUUGGACAUGUCGGACUUGUCCGGUCGAUAG